UGCUUCUGAGCUAUUGUUGGAAAUACACCCUGCUGUUCCAGGCUGUGCUGAUACAGCUCCUAUCUGCGCGAUUAGCGGGUUUUUACAAUAAACAAGAAGGCGAGGGAUUUGGGGGUUAGAUACGGACUUCGUACUAUUAUGACCUUUUUGUCUGUUAACGACUUAGGUUAUAUAUGUAAAAUCAUGUUGGUGUUUUUUUCAUAGCCAGACCAAUUUCAUUAUGCAGCUUUCGUGACAUCACUGGAACGAACUGCCAAGAAAUCGUUCUAAUGCAACCAUAUGCCGAUGCCUUGACUUUAUAGGCUACUGCUAAUUUUCUGGGAUGCUCUGGGCUAUAUUAUACUCAAGACGUGGGGCGUUCAGUGUAUAUCCGCUGUUUUCCCAGCAGAACAACCCAUUUGAAAUCGUACGGUAUCUUCGUUUUGUCACACGCGCCUUGGGUUCCUUUUGUGGCGCCGGGGCUGCGAAAGGAGGAGGUUGAAUUUGAAACAAUAGAGCGCAAAAUACUGCCCAAGCACAAGGACGGAAACCCACCACUGAACAGCGAGCGCCUGUGACAAAGAACUCAAGAACAUGAAGAAGCCAGCUCGCGCUGCACUGAUUUGGUUGAAGUAAUCACUGGAUAUAUUUCGGGCUUCAUUGUCUCUUGAAAUCCUCAAGGAGAAAACAUGAAUUCUGCUGAAGCAGCCGAGGAGGGACCGAAUGAUUCAGAUACGGAUGCGUUUUUCAAAACAGGGUCCUUCAGAAACGAUGGGAUUAAGGCGUCUGAUGUCCUGCCUGUGCUGAAAGAGAAAGUGGCCUUUGUGUCAGGAGGUCGUGAUAAGAGAGGUGGCCCCAUACUGACCUUCCCUGCCAGAAGCAACCAUGAUAGAAUAAAACACGAGGAGCUGCGGCAGCUGGUGACCUACCUCUCCACUGUGCCCAGUGAGGAUGUGUGCAAGCGAGGCUUCACGGUCAUCAUUGAUAUGCGCGGCUCCAAGUGGGACCUGAUCAAGCCUCUACUGAAGACCCUGCAGGAGGCCUUCCCCGCCGAGAUCUGCGUGGCGCUGAUCAUCAAACCCGACAACUUCUGGCAGAAGCAGAAGACCAACUUUGGCAGUGCCAAGUUCACAUUUGAGACUAGCAUGGUGUCAGUGGAGGGGCUGACUAAGUUGGUGGACCCGUCCCAGCUGACGGACGACUUUGAGGGCUCUCUGGAGUACAACCACGAGGAGUGGAUGGAUCUGCGCGUGGCCCUGGAGGAGUUCAUGGGCUCUGCCGUUCACCUCCUCUCCCGCCUGGAGGACCUCCAGGAGCUGCUGGCCAAGAAGGAGUUCCCGGUGGACGUGGAGGGCUCCCGGUGCCUCAUCGACGAGCACACGCAGCUCAAGAAGAAGGUGAUGAAGGCUCCUGUGGAGGAGCUGGACAGAGAGGGCCAGAGGUUGCUUCAGUGUAUCCGGUCUAGUGACGGGUUUUCUGGGAGGAACUGCAUCUCGGGCAGCGCUGACUUCCAGAGCGUGGUGCCUAAGAUCGCCAGCCUGCUGGACAAGCUGCACUCCACCAGACAGCACCUGCACCAGAUAUGGCACGUCCGCAAGCUCAAACUGGACCAGUGUUUCCAGCUUCGCCUCUUUGAGCAGGAUGCAGAGAAGAUGUUUGACUGGAUCAGUCACAAUAAGGAAGUGUUCCUACAGAGCCACACAGAGAUCGGAGUCAGUUACCAGCACGCCGUGGACCUCCAGACGCAGCACAAUCACUUUGCCAUGAAUUCUAUGAACGCCUAUGUGAACAUCAACAGGAUCAUGUCGGUGGCGACCCGGCUGUCGGAGGCGGGCCACUACGCCUCGCAGCAGAUCAAACAGAUCUCGGCCCAGCUGGACCAGGAGUGGAAGAGCUUCGCCGCCGCCCUGGACGAACGCAGCACCAUCCUGGCCAUGUCGGCCGUCUUCCACCAGAAGUCGGAACAGUUCCUGGCUGGGGUGGAGGCCUGGUGCAAGAUAUGCAGUGAAGGGGGGCUGCCCUCGGAGAUGCAGGACCUGGAGCUGGCCAUCCACCACCACCAGACCCUCUAUGAACAGGUGACCCAGGCCUACACCGAGGUCAGUCAGGAUGGCAAGGCCCUGCUGGAUGUCCUCCAGAGACCACUGAGCCCGGGGAACUCGGAGUCUCUGACGGCCACAGCCAACUACUCCAAGGCGGUCCACUGUAUCCUGGACGUGGUCCACGAGGUCCUGCACCACCAGAGACGCCUGGAGAGCAUCUGGCAGCACCGCAAGGUCCGCCUGCACCAGAGGCUACAGCUCUGUGUGUUCCAACAGGACGUCCAACAGGUGAUGGACUGGAUAGAGAACCAUGGAGAGGCCUUCCUUAGCAAACACACGGGCGUGGGCAAGUCCCUCCACCGCGCCAGGGCACUGCAGAAACGCCACGACGAUUUUGAGGAGGUGGCACAGAACACCUACACCAACGCAGACAAGCUCCUGGAGGCGGCCGAGCAGCUGGCCCAGACUGGGGAAUGUGACCCGGAGGAGAUCUACAAAGCAGCGCGACACCUGGAGGUCAGGAUCCAAGACUUUGUCCGGCGGGUGGAGCAGAGGAAACUGCUGCUGGACAUGUCUGUCUCCUUCCACACCCACACCAAGGAGCUGUGGACGUGGAUGGAGGACCUGCAGAAGGAGCUGGUGGAGGAGGUGUGUUCAGACUCGGUGGAGUCAGUCCAGGAGCUCAUCAAGCAGUUCCAGCAGCAGCAGACGGCCACCCUGGAGGCUACGCUUAACGUCAUCAAGGAGGGAGAGGACCUCAUCCAGCAGCUCAGGGACGCUGCAAUGUCCACCAACAAGAUGCCCCACAACAGCUCCAUCGCCCACAUCGAGAGUGUCCUGCAGCACCUGGACGAGGCCCAGGGCCAGAUGGAGGAGCUGUUCCACGAGAGGAAAAUCAAACUGGAUAUCUUCCUGCAGCUACGCAUCUUUGAGCAGUACACCAUCGAGGUGACGGCGGAGCUGGACGCGUGGAACGAGGACCUGCUGCGCCAGGUGAACGACUUCAACUCGGAGGACCUGACCCUGGCCGAGCAGCGGCUGCAGCGCCACACGGAGCGCAAGCUGGCCAUGAACAGCAUGACCUUCGAGGUGAUGCAGCAGGGACAGGACCUGCACCAGUACAUCAUGGAGGUCCAGGCCUCAGGCAUUGAGUUGACUGGGGAGAAAGAGGUGGAUCUGGCCACUCAGGUCCAGGAGCUGCUGGAGUUCCUUCACGAGAAGCAGCAUGAGCUGGACGUCAGCGCUGACCAGACCCAGAAGAGACUGCAGGAGUGUCUGCAGCUCCGCCACCUGCAGUCAGAGGUCAAACAGGUCCUGGGCUGGAUCCGGAACGGGGAGUCCAUGUUGAACGCCAGCAUGGUGAAUGCCAGCUCGCUGUCAGAGGCAGAGCAACUGCAGAGGGAGCAUGAGCAGUUCCAGCUGGCCAUCGAGUCCCUGUUCCAUGCCAAUUCUCUCCAGAAGACCCACCAGAGUGCCCUGCAGGUGCAGCAGAAGGCUGAGGUCAUGCUCCAGGCGGGCCAUUUUGACCCGGACGGCAUACGGGCCUGCGCCGAGAAGGUGGCCAUGCACUGGCAACAGCUCAUGCUCAAGAUGGAGGAUCGUCUCAAGCUGGUCAACGCUUCUGUGGCCUUCUACAAGACCUCAGAGCAGGUGUGCAGUGUGCUGGAGAGUCUGGAGCAGGAGUACAGGAGGGAUGAGGACUGGUGUGGUGGCCAUGACAAGCUGGGAGCCAUGGCCGAGACGGACCAUGUCAUCCCCCUCAUCAGCAAACACCUGGAGCAGAAGGAAGCCUUCCUCAAGGCAUGCACGUUGGCCAGGAGAAAUGCUGAGGUAUUCCUGAAGUAUAUCCACAGGAACAACGUGGGUAUACCUGGUGCUUCAGGCCACGCCAGAGGACCCGAGCAGCAGGUUAAAGCCAUCCUCAAUGAGCUGCUCCAGAGGGAGAACCGGGUUCUGCACUUUUGGACCAUGAAGAAACGGCGCCUGGACCAGUGCCAGCAGUACGUGGUGUUCGAACGCAGUGCGAAACAGGCCUUAGACUGGAUCCAGGAAACAGGAGAGUAUUACCUCUCCACUCACACCUCCCCUGGAGAGAGCGGUGAGAGGAGUCAGGAACUGCUGAAGGAGUACGAGGAAUUCAGAGUCUCCGCCAAGCAAACCAAGGAGAAGGUGAAGCUCCUCAUUCAGCUGGCCGACAGCUUUGUGGAAAAGGGCCAUGUGCACGUCACUGAGCUGAAGAAGUGGGUCACCACGGUGGACAAGCGCUACCGAGACUUCUCCCUCCGGAUGGGGAAGUACCGUUCUAGUUUGGAGAAAUCACUGGGCAUUAGCUCUGAGGACAAUAAGGACUUGGAGCUGGACAUCAUCCCAGCCAGCCUGACUGAUCCUGGGGAGGUGAAGCUCCGCGACCCCAACCACGAGGUCAACGAGGAGAAGAGGAAGUCAGCCAGGAAGAAAGAGUUCAUCAUGGCUGAACUGCUUCAGACUGAGAAGGCCUAUGUCAGGGACUUGCAUGAAUGUUUAGAGACGUACCUGUGGGAGAUGACAAGUGGGGUGGAGGAGAUUCCUCCUGGCAUCGUCAACAAGGAGCACAUCAUCUUUGGCAACAUCCAGGAGAUUUAUGAUUUCCAUAACAGCAUUUUCCUCAAAGAGCUAGUGAACUAUGAGCAGCUACCUGAAGAUGUGGGCCAUUGUUUUGUCACAUGGGCUGAUAAAUUCCACAUGUACGUCAAUUACUGUAAAAACAAACCGGAUUCCAGCCAACUCAUCUUGGAGCAUGCUGGAAGCUUCUUCGAUGAAAUCCAGCAGCGACACGGAUUGGCCAACUCCAUCUCCUCGUACCUUAUCAAGCCAGUGCAGAGGAUCACUAAGUACCAGCUUCUCCUCAAGGAGCUGCUGACCUGCUGUGAGGAGGGGAAGGGGGAGAUUAAGGACGGCCUGGAGGUGAUGCUUAGUGUCCCCAAGAGGGCCAACGACGCCAUGCACGUCGCCAUGCUGGAAGGUUUCGAUGAGAAUCUGGAUGUGCAGGGAGAGCUGUUCAUCCAGGACACGUUCCAGGUGUGGGAUCCCAAGUCUCUGAUCCGGAAGGGCCGGGACCGUCAUCUCUUCCUGUUCGAGAUCUCCCUGGUGUUCAGCAAGGAGAUCAAGGACUCGGCUGGACGCACCAAAUACGCCUUCAAGAGCAAACUGCUGACAUCGGAGCUGGGCGUGACGGAGCACAUUGAAGGGGACCCCUGUAAGUUUGCUCUGUGGGCUGGAAGGACCCCCUCAUCUGACAACAAGACUGUCCUCAAGGCGUCCAGUAUUGAAGCAAAGCAGGAGUGGAUCAAGAACAUCCGGGAGGUGAUCCAGGAGAGGAUCAUCCACCUCAAGGGGGCGCUGAAGGAGCCCAUCCACAUGCCAAAAACCCCGGCCAAGCCACGCAACAACAGCAAGAGGGAUGCUGGUGAGGAUGCAGACAGCCAGGGUGACGGCAGCAGCCAGCCAGACACCAUCUCCAUCGCUUCUAGGACUUCUCAGAACACUGUGGACAGUGAUAAGCUCUCUGGAGGCUGUGAGUUGACAGUGGUGCUGCAGGACUUCACGGCAGGUUGUUCCAGUGAGCUCAGCCUUCAGACGGGUCAGACGGUAGAGCUACUGGAGAGGCCCAGUGACCGCCCCGGCUGGUGUCUGGUGCGGACCACCGACCGUAGCCCCCCUCAGGAGGGCCUGGUGCCCAGCUCGGCCCUCUGUAUCUCCCACUCCCGCAGCAGCGUGGAGAUGGAAUGCUUCUUCCCCACAGGGAAAGAGAACUACUCGGUCAGCGGGCCCGAAGGAGCGAAGACCGAGUCGGUGGCCAACCUGCAGUCCCAGGCCUCCCUGAGCUCCAUCCAGUCCAGCUCUCCGGGACCGAAGCGCUCGGGCAACACCCUCAAGAAGUGGCUGACCAGCCCUGUGCGUCGCCUCAGCCACGGCAGCAGCGUCAAGAAGUUCCCCAGCAAGCACAAGAAGAGGGACGGCCGCAAGAGCAUCGACCUGGGGCCGCCUGAGAGCUCCCUGCACGACGGGAGCGUAGACGAGAGGGGCAGGAAGGAGCGCACCCUGUCCAAGUCCUCCUCUGGAAUGCAGAGCGGAGGAGAGGAGGAGCCGGAGGACGACUCUCACACCCCCCUCCCGCCCCCCAUGGAGAUCAUCAAGGACCCCUCGUCCCAGGAGGAGAAGUCCUCCGCAUUGCUUGCUGCGCGUCAGGGCUCUGCCGAUGUCCCCAGCGCUGCGGAGCUGGUCAGUGCAAUAGAAAAGUUGGUCCAAACUAAGAUGAAUCUGGAGCCAGGUGCCUACCCCAGCUUCACCACUUUGACCCCUCCGGAACAGACCAGCCCAGCCCUGCCCAGGAACCCUGAACUGGAUCAGAAGGCCAAAGCUCUGCGCGGACGCAUGUUUGUCCUCAAUGAGCUGGUGCAGACCGAGAAGGACUAUGUCAAGGACUUGGGGAUUGUAGUGGAGGGGUUCAUGAAGACGAUCGAGGAUAAGGGAGUCCCUGAAGAUAUGAAAGGAAAAGACAAAAUCGUUUUUGGGAAUAUUCACCAGAUCUACGACUGGCACAAAGAUUUUUUUGUCGGUGAGCUGGAGAAAUGUCUUGAAGACAACGAGCACCUUCCUGAGCUUUUCAUUAAACAUGAGAGGCGACUACACAUGUAUGUGGUUUACUGCCAGAACAAGCCCAAGUCUGAAUUCAUUGUCGCCGAGUACGACACAUUCUUCGAGGGCGUACAGCAAGAGGUCAGCUCAAGACUUGGCAUAAGUGACUUUCUCAUAAAGCCAAUUCAGAGAAUUACCAAGUAUCAGCUGCUUCUAAAGGACUUCUUAAAGUAUAGUUCCAAAGCAGGACUAGAUUGCCAAGAGAUGGAGAAAGCAGUUGGUUUAAUGUCCCAGGUCCCCAAGCUGUGCAAUGACAUGAUGAAUCUUGGCAGACUACAAGGCUAUGAGGGUAAGCUGACCAGCCAGGGUAAACUGCUGCAGCAGGAGACGUUCUUUGUAACGGAACAGGACACGGGCGUGUUGUCGCGCAGCAAGGAGCGCAGGGUCUUCCUCUUUGAGCAGAUCGUCAUCUUCAGCGAGCUCCUCCGCAAGGGCUCCUCCACCCCAGGCUACCAGUUCAAGAAGAGCAUCAAGGUGAGCUACCUGGGCUUGGAGGAGCAUGUGGACAACGACCCGUGUAAGUUUGUGCUGUCGUGUCGAGGCUCGGCCGAGCGCUUCACCCUGCAGGCGGCCAACCUGGACAUCAAGCAGGUGUGGGUCCAACAUGUCAGCCAGGUCCUGGAUGCCCAGAGCAACUUCCUGUCUGCCCUGCAGUCUCCCAUUGAGUACCACAAGGAGAAGGGUUGUUCCCAAUCCCUCACCAGAAACCCGUCGGGCAGUCGGCCCCCCAGUUCCAACAGCAGGCCCCUCUCCUCCUCCUCUGUGGGGGCAGAGAAGCCCCCCCUGGCAGGACCGGGUAGGACCCCAACUCCUCUCAAACUAUCUACCUCCAACGGCAGCUCCUGCUUUGACCCCAUGAAACACAGCGAACGCUAUGACUCCACUAGGCAUCAUGACGGCAUUGGAUGUAAUGGCAUGUCCUCCACCAUGAUGGUGACCCAGGACUACAGUGCACUGAAGGAGAAUGAGAUCUGUGUGAUCCAGGGCGAGAUGGUGCAGAUCAUGGCCACCAACCAGCAGAACAUGUACCUAGUGUACCGGCCCGCCAACAGCCAGUCCCCUGCUGCCGAGGGCUGGGUCCCAGGCCACAUCCUGGGCCCCCUCGUUAAAACGCUCAAAGACAGUACUGCUGACGCAAGCAUCAAGAAAUCUCUUUCAUGGAAUACACUGCGCUCGAGAAAGCGAGCGGAGAAGGAUAGCAGUGGCAAGGGUGAUGCAAAGGUUGAGAAUGGACUCCGUAAGCCCAAGGAGAUUCUCAGCACCAAGGUCACUGUCAAAGAGUCAAACAGCUCAGAGGAGUCAGAUUGCGAUGAUGAACUCCCCAAAACUAGCAUGGAGGAUUUUCUGGUUCCGGCCUCAGAGAGGCCAUGGGUGGAGUUUGUAAAUGCAUUUGCCACUGAUUGGUGCACAGUAUUAAUACAUCAGAUAAUGAAUCCCAAUUUUAUACAAGAAGUUGCUCCAGAGUUCCUGAUCUCACUAGCGGAUGUGACAUGUGCAUUCGGGGAGACGGUGGUCCUAUGCUGCAAAGUGUGUGGACGUCCCAAACCCAACAUCACUCUGAAAGGACCCGAUCAGAGCCCGCUUGUCAACAACAGCAGGUUCACUAUAAACAUUAGGGAUACGGGCGACAUUCUGCUCAAGAUCUGUAACCUGAUGCCCCAGGACACUGGCAUCUACACCUGUGUGGCCGUCAACGACCAUGGCACCGCCUCCUCCUCCGCCUCCAUCAAAGUACAAGGUAUUCCAGCAGCACCUGCAAGGCCAGUGGCCCAGGAGGCCAGUAGCAAUGCAGUGAUCGUCCACUGGCUCCCCCCAGCCAGCUCAGCUAACUGUGCUGUGUCUAGCUACACAGUGGAGUACAGGCAGGAAGACUCCCUGGUGUGGCAGGAGUCGGUGGUCUCCACAGUAGAUGUGUGUGUGAAAAUUGAAGAUCUCAUUCCUGGGGGGCACUACCAGUUCCGGGUCAGUGCCAGUAACCCCUGGGGUAUCAGUCCGCCAAGCGAGCCCUCAAACAUGGUGACCCUGCCCAGCGGGACUUCCACAUAUGAUGGAACGGGCAUUCAGUGGAAAGGCAACUUUGAAUCGUCUUUCACAGAAAUUUGUGAGAUCGGACGGGGCCGAUUCUCUGUAGUGAGAAAGUGUCUGAACAAGGCCAGUAAGAAGGAGGUGGCUGUGAAGUACGUCACUAAGAAGAUGCAGAAGAAGGAGCAGGUAGCCCACGAGGCGGACAUCUUAUGCCAUGUCCAGCAUCCUCAGCUGGUGGCUCUGACUGACACCUAUGAGUCUCCCACCUCCCUCAUGCUGGUCUUCGAGCUGCUGGAGGGCGGGAGGCUGCUGGACUACCUGGUGGCCCAUGAUGAGCUGAUGGAGGAGAAGGUGGCCUUCUUUGUGAAGGACACCUUAGAGGCAUUGCAGCACCUCCACACCUGCAGAGUGGUACAUCUAGACCUAAAGCCUGAGAACCUCCUGGUGGAUCUCCACGUGCCUGUUCCCUGCAUUAAGCUCAUAGACUUUGGAGAUGCGGUCCAGGUGUCUGGCCACCGUUAUGUCCACCUGCUCCUGGGAAACCCAGAGUUUGCUGCUCCGGAGCUGAUCCAGGGCACCCCGGUGUCGCUGAGCACGGACGUGUGGAGCGCCGGUGUCCUGGCCUACGUCAUGCUGAGCGGCGUCUCGCCCUUCCUGGACGAGAGCCUAGAGGAAACGUGCGUCAACAUCUGCAAGCUGGACUUCUGCUUCCCCGAGGACUACUUCCAGGGAGUGAGUCAGGCAGCCCGGGACUUCAUAAGCUCUACCCUGCAGCAGGACCCCAGGAAGAGGCCCAGUGCCACCACCUGUCUCCAGCAUCCCUGGGUGGGCGCCCACAGUGGAGACUAUUCCAAGAACCCACUGGACACUGGUCGCCUGGCCUCCUUCAUCGACAGACGGCGGCAGCUGCACGAUGUGCGCCCCGUCACCAACAUCAAGGGACUGGUGACCAGUAGCAUGGGACACACCCUAUAAACACCCCAUGAACACAACACACAGACGGAAUGAAAACACACUGUUAGCAGUACUACAGGACUCUGCCAUUGAUACAUGGUUCCCCAUGAAAAUGUGACUCUGGAUAGGGGAUAAUAACUUGUCAACAAACAUGUGAUGUGGAUAUCAUGUCUGUGUUCAAAAUGCCAGUAGACAAGACAUUGACAUUUGAUUCAUUGAGAUGUUUCAGAGCUGUAGUAUGAAGCCAUAGAAGCCAUAUUACUCUUGUUGUGUCCAUCUAUUGUAAAUGCCAACAUUUCUAAAUAUCAUCCUUGGAAAUUAUAACUAUCAGAGAAAGAUCUAUGAGAGGUAGUAUAACUGUUGAAUGUAAUUUAUUGUAGAACGUGGUUAACACUUGAGUAAGUGCUAUUGUAUGUGAAGAAAUAUUCAGCAGUGGUUCCCAAACUGUGGGUUCGGCAAGGGGGCGCAGAGCAGUACCAGUUAAAAAUGUUCUUUAUUUUAUUUCUAUUUUCUACAUUGUAGAAUAAUAGUGAAGACAUCAAAACUAUGAAAUAACACAUAUGGAAUUGUGUAGUAACCAAAAAAGUGUUAAACAAAUCAAAAAUAUAUUUUAGAUUCUUCAAAGUAGCCACCCUUUGCCUUGAUGACAGCUUUGCACACUCUUGGCAUUCUCUCAACUAGCUUCACUUGGAAUGCUUUUCCAACAGUCUUGAAGGAGUUCCCACAUGCUGAGGAGUUGUUGGCUGCUUUACCUUCACUGCGGUCCAACUCAUCCAAAACCAUCUCAAUUGGGUUGAGGUCGGGGGAUUGUGGAGGCCAAGUCAUCUGAUGAGGGUCAAAUAGCCCUUACACAGCCUGGAGGUGUGCUUUGGGUCAUUGUCAUGUUGAAAAACAAAUGAUAGUCCCACUAAGCUCAAACCAGAUGGGAUGGCGUAUCGCUGCAGAAUGCUGUGGUAGCCAUGCUGGUUAAGUGUGCCUUGAAUUCUAAAUAAAUCACAGACCAGCAACUCACCCCCACACCACCUCCUCUAUGCUUCACGGUGGGAACCACACAUGCGGAGAUCAUCCGUUCACCUACUCAUCAAACGUUGAUGUUGAAAUGUGUCUGUUACUUGAACUCUGAAGCAUUUAUUUGGGCUGCAAUCUGAGGUGCAGUUAACUCUAAUGAACUUAUCAUCUGCAGCAGAGGUAACUCUUGGUCUUCCUUUCCUGUGGCGGUCCUCAUGAGAGCCAGUUUCAUCAAAGCCGUUGAUAGUUUUUGCAACUGCACUUGAGAAAACUUUCCAAGUUCUUGAAACUUUCCAGAUUGACUGACCUUCGUGUCUUAAAGUAAUGAUGGGCUGUUAUUUCUCUUUGCUUAUUUGAGAUGUUCUUGCCAUAAUAUAGACUUGGUCUUUUACCAAAUAGGGCUAUCUUCUGUAGACCACCCCUACCUUGUCCCAAAACAACUGAUUGGGUCAAACGCAUUAAGAAGGAAAGAAAUUCCACAAAUUAACUUUUAACAAGGCACACCUGUUAUUUGAAAUGCAUUCCAGGUGACUAACCCAUGAAGCUGGUUGAGAGAAUACCAAGAGUGUGCAAAGCUGUCAGAAAUGUCCAGAUCAACUAGCCCAUGUCAGCUAACAUUUUUAUAUUUAGGUUUUUUAGCCCAUUUUUUUGUCACUCAAAUGAAUACACAUUAGACAUGGCAACAUGUAUAGAACUACAAAAAAAUGAACUUUAAAACUGCAAAAUGUUCUUUGCACCCCAUGACAAUAUAAGUUUUAAACCUGCAAAAUGCUCUCCACCAAUAAGAGGGGUGUUGAACAGUUUGUCAUGAACAGUGCUUGUGCACAUAGAAAUAGAUGUGGCGGUGUCGCGGGAUGUUCCCCAUUACUUGGAAGGGGGACCCAGAGUGAAAAAAGUUUGGGAACCCCUGCCAUAGAGUGUGCAUAAUGUGUAGAUAUAGUAUAAUGCCUAUUUUUCCAAUUGUGAGAUUUGAGGUAUGAAUGAAAGAAUCUAACGCGAUUGACUUGUCACAUCACACCGAAUUUGUGUCAGUACACAUCGGUCACCUCCAUGAUCAUUUCAAAUGUGUUUUGUUGCUUCACUUAUGUUUAUUUAAGAGACCGUUCAUAAGACUUACGCUCAGUUGUAAUUGAAUGUUCAAAACUACUUAUGGAAGGACCUGCUGCAAAUUUCGAUCCAAAUCGGCAGUCAUUGAUAAGUGUUGUAUAUUUCUGUUCUCAGACCCAAAUCGUUUACAAUAAAUCUGAAGUCUUCACAUUUUUGAUGAGGGGGGUAAUUCAUUUCUAGUGCUUAUUGUCCGCCAUUUACUCAAUAUGAUUGUUUGCUUGUGCGAUGAGCACUGACGGGUCUAGAACACUGAUUGAGCACGUAAUGUUGAUUGAGCCUAGUCACAACAGUGUAGGAUUGGAAAACUCAGCCUUUAGUUCUUAUUUUUUGAAGUCUUGUUUGUUAUUUAAGUAUUAGAACUUGAUUUGAAGUCUUCAUUUAUUUAUUCUUAUUAUGAAACUAUAUUUGUUUCUAACUUUUUGUUACAGCGGCCACAGAGCAUCAUUGAUAAGUGGCAUUCUGUGACACAUGCUGUGUACAUCAACAGGCUCUAAGGGUGCUUCCCAAAUAGCACCCUAUUUCCUACGUAGUGCACUACUUUUGACCAGGGCACAUAGCACUGGUCAAACAUAGUGCACUAUAGGCAAUAGGGUGCCAUUUGGGAAGCACAUUAAGCAUUCCUGUGGGUAUGAUGUACAAGUAUGUAGACUCAGCAUUUUUUCUUCAUGAAUUUUGAAGAAUGGUCUUUUUCAUCAAUCACUUAAAAUAUUAUGCUGAUCUUAAUGGCAUUGAAAUGGCAACUCAUAAACAACCAUAUGUACAUAUCGAACCAAACAAGGCUGAUAGUAUGCUCCAUUGUACAACGCUUCAAACCUACUACUGAGCAAAUUGGUGUAUCAGUUCCACUUCAUGUUGGCAAGAUAGUCAUUUCUAUUUCUACCUAAAACUGGGUGGUAAAAUGCUUCUAGUUCAAUACAGUAGCCUAUGCUUUCCUCAAAAAAAAGUUGACAUCAUUUCCUGUGCUAUAGCACAUCAUUGUACAUAAGUCUGUGUGUACAAAUGAUACCAGGCAUGUCCUUUCUUACACCACAUGGGCUGUUUGUUUGUUACUGAAUGUUUAAUAAUAAAAAGUGCUUGUUUCUAGAA